UCAUAAUAGUUUUUCUGCUGGCCUUUUUCUAUAUUGAGGCUCCAAAAACUUCAAUGCAUCACACAAAUACCACGGCUUCUUGCAGAAAUAUUCAGGCGUGAACAGAUAAAAUGAACAUCCUGUAUAAGUUUUUCUUUUGUGUUCCCUAAACUACAAUUACAAUUUUAGUAGACUCUACAUAAUUUUACGUUUAUGGAGGAGAUUAUUACAAGUGUAUUGUGGGUUGCCUAGAUUUUAACGAUUUUAAUUUUUAGAGGUUAUGUUGGGGUGUUGGGGAGGUUUCCCUUUCAAAAAUCUAUGCUUUUGAGGUACUUGAAUUUAAAAGAAAUAUUGAAGCUUCUCAUCUGAACGAUUUUCCCUGAAGCAACAGUAAAUAAAUCAAUAAAUUUAAGUGAAAUUUCGAAAUUUCUUCGACUGUGAAGUGUUGAAUCACACCACACUUUUGCUAGGAACCAAAAUGUCAAUUUUGGAGUACUCUACGAGGUUCAUCGUUGACUUGAAAGGUUCGUCAAAAAACAUCCGUUGCAAAAAAUGCCCCUACUUCACAUCGUCGACGUUCCUCCUGCUCAACCACGUCAAACGUCACCAUGCAGCACUACCCCUCUUCAACUGCACCACCGCAAUCGAAACCUACUAUUGCAGGGAUUGUCGUUUCCAAACCGGCUUAACCAUCCUCUUCAAACAACACAUUAUCAAACAUAGGCUCAAACUACAAUCCAGAGACCGUUCACCCAGUGAGGAAGUCUCCAUCCAGAACUACGUUUGCGAAAAAUGCGACUUUGAAACCCAUUUCGUCAUUAAAUGGCUCCAACACACCACGACAUGUUUCAGUAAAGAAGUAAGUUUCCAGAUGUUCACGUACAUCAAGAACCCCAGAGAAACUCUUGUGAAACUUUACACCUGUAAACAAUGUCAGCGCAGCUUCAGGUACAGAAAUUCCAUGAAAAUACACAAAAUUUGUAUGCACUCGAACGACGACGAAGUGUAUUGGUACAACUGUUCGAAAUGUUCCUACAAAACCAAACAGAAAGGCCACUUAAAAGACCAUAUAUAUUUUCGGCAUACAGACGACCAGAGUAUUAAGUGGUAUCAAUGUGAUAAGUGUCCGUAUAAAGCUAAGCGAAGAUUGGGUUUGAAUAGACACCUGAAUGCGCGACAUUUGGACGACAAGUAUGUUCGGUGGUUCAAGUGCAGCAAAUGUCCAUACAAAACUAAACAGGGGGCUCACUUGAAAAGUCACGUAAAUGCGCGCCAUUUGAAAGAAAAAGAUAUUAAGUGGUAUGAAUGUCAAAAGUGCCCGUAUAAAUCCAAACAAAAUUCGAAUUUAAAACAGCAUGUAAUCACCCAUCAUUUGAACGAGCGGGAUAUCAAGUGGUUCAAAUGUGAUAAGUGCGAUUUUAAAGCCAAACAGAAAGGGAAUUUGAAGCAGCACACAGCGGCGUGUCAUUUGGAUGAGCCCAGUAUUAAAAAAGAAUGUGAUUUGAAUGUUCAUGCACAGACGUUGGAUGGACGUGAUAUUAAAUGGUAUAAAUGUAAAAAGUGUUUGUACAAAAGUAUAUACAGGUUGAAUUUGAAAAGUCAUGUACAGGAGCACCAUGUGGAUGAAAAGACCGUUAAAAGGGAAAAAACAAUAACUUAAAUUUUGACACUAGUUUUAUGUUGAUCACAUAGUAUCCGCAAACUCGGUAAAAAUUGGACACUAUGAAGUAAGAUCUUGACGUUAUGUAAUAUUUCCUUGUGGAAACAAUUCUAGAUGUAGUAACCUAGUAUUUUUAAAUUUAAUGGCAUCAAAGGGUACUUUCAACAUUUAGAUAAUUCGAAUAAUAACCGAAAUUAUACUCAAUUCAAAAAAAUGAUAAAAUGUCUAGGAGUACAAAUUCCAACACGUCAGAAAAUUUUUUAAGGUUUUUGUUGUAUUAAGAAAACGUUUUUAUCGUCUAAACGGGUUUAAAUGUGUCAUGUUAUGUGAUGUUCUC